UUACUGGCCGCAACUAGGGGCUUCUUCAGAUGUUCGCAGAACACGACUCCCUUCCGCCGUUGGCUGUACACCAACAAACGACAAACCAUACUAAAUAGUUAACCAUUAUUAUGUCGUAUCGACCGCAGGACGGAUGUCGAUCUGUUUGAGGGAUCUUAUGAGCGAUCACACAACUUAGGCAACAUCUUCGAGAGCCAGAGAUACUUCGGUGCCUUAUAUAUGUGUUAUAAAAUUUGAAAAUAAGUGUUAUGUGGAGUUUAUAUUGGGGAGUGAUCAAGAUGCAAACCUUCAGCGUCAUCUACUUGUUGGGGAUGCUGCUACAAAUGGUGAUUGCAGAGUGCCCAGCCAGAAGUCCUUGUAAAGCAUCAGCGGGCCUUUUUCCGGUGCCUGGCGAUUGCAGUUCGUUCUUCAAUUGCGCGCACUGCCGGGCCUUCCAACAGCAAUGCGCUCCGGGAACACUUUUUGAUCCCACCCUUAGAGUUUGCAACCACGCACACCAGGUCCAAUGUACAAGUUCUUCUGGAAGAAACCCAGGGUAUUCACCCGGGCAAUACCAUUGGCAGUCCCAGUACUCGUCUCGUUUCGGUAAAUUGGACGCGCGUAGUGACACCGUCGUGCGAGGUCCUUCUUCUCGACAGCGACCUGCCCCACAACAAGAGCAGCAACAACAACGCCCAUACCACAUAUUACCCACUGACCAAUCAAAAUUUGUUUCUCAUCACCGCGCAAUUCCCCCUCCAGGACCGGCAAUAUCCCCGUCAACGAACUACUCCGAUAGUGACACUUUUCUGAAAGGUCAAACAGACGCACAGUUUGCAUCCGGAGUCAAGCAGAGAGAAUAUCCCCAUUUUAGAGACACUCAGACUGGACGAGUCCCCGAGAUACAGCCCGUGCAAACCAGCCACGUCACUUCUACGGAUGUUCCACACCAUGCACAAGAACCCCAGCACCAUACAGAUGACCAACAAGAACAACCUGGAUCCCAAGUACCUGCUCGUAGGAAUAAUAGGUUCGAGCCAAUUCCCGCCCGCAGUUACAGCCAGAAGUUCGCAGCUGAAGAAGGACAAGUUAGCACUCAGAGCAAUCGGUACUUGAUGGUUCCUCCGACUGAUGUUAAGAGCAUCCCAAAUGGAUCUGAAAAGUACGUACAAAAUUUAUCAAAGCAUGGAGUGUCCGUGAAUUAUAGGCAAGCUGUUGUUGACCACGGAAGCUUGACGGAUUCAGGGCAAGUUUCGCAGGCACAGGGUAUGGUUAAAGAGUUGAAAUAUCUUCGCGGACAAGCCGCGUCAGCAGUCCCUGGCCGCCGACGUUACGAUCAUUCGCAUAUGGCUCAUCAUCCAGAGGCUGUCGCAUACGCAUCUACCCAUGAAAUAGUGUUUGACCACUCUCACGGUCGCCACCACCAGUAUCAAGAAGGCGAUCAUAACGCAGAAAGCCAACAGCUGCAAUCAAAUGCGACGAAGCAGGCUCAGCUCAAAGACGAAGACGGCAAAACAAAGCCGCAAGAUUACUAUCGGAACAAUCGCGAUUUUGGCGUUCCGAGAGUAACACAUGUUAGAGAUCAAGAACCGGAUCACUAUGACAAGCCGUUCGCUCAAGAUAGCGGUGUCCAGUCAACGCCCCCGCUCUCUGCCAUACGUGAAAGUGCGAAUCCUUCAACAACCUUCGAUCUUAACAGCCGCUUACAGUCAGGUUCGGGGUACGUGCCACGCUACGUGGGAGGACAAAUCGGCGAUGAAGAAGUUGGACAAACAACGAAGAGCUAUGGAGAGCGGACAUUCGUGAGGACGCGCGACAGCGACUCGAAAAAAUUUAGCAACACGGAUCAGGAAAGUCAACCGGGCCCGAUUUUCGAUACAAAUGGCGGAACCGUUGAGCCGGAUAUGUUUUACACUGAUGAAGCACUUGAUGACGGUCCAGCAAAUCGUCCUGGAGCACUGUCUAAGGAGGAUAUGGAACGGAUUGCUGCUAAUUAUGUUAAACAGCAACAAUAUCCUUCGCGGAGUGCGGUUAAACCCCAUGAAAUGAGCUCCGCAAACGUUGAACCCCAAUCGUUCCAACAGGGACAACAACCACCACAGCAAGACCGACAGCUGCAUCCCCAGUCGCAGUUUCGUCAUCAAAACAGGGAAACCAAUGUCGAAAUUGCACCUGACAGAAACCGUCCAUUUGCGCCUCACCUCAAACAAGGCCCACACACAUUACAGCCAUUACCAUCAACCAGACAAGAGGUGUUUGUCCCUUUAGCGCAAUAAGAUACAAAGCCUCACGGAUCCAAGGUCCCGAGUAUGUGGAGUACAUUGAGAUUCCGAUUUCACGGAGAGCGAAAGCGAUAGAGAUGGAGAGAUGAAGCGUUCCUUUGCUUCUGAGCUAGAGGCCACUGACGAUUUUACGCAAUAACCGAACGAAGCUUUUUGACCUUGUUACUGCCUAGAUAUUACUUGUACAUAGUGAGCAUCCCUGGUCCCAGAGUGUGCCUCAAAUGUGCUUCUGGGCUUUUUUUUACGUUAGUUAUUACAUGAUGUACGCCAAAUCUGAGGCGAAAAUAUAAUCUGGAAUAAUACCCAACAAGUCAUCCGGUGUUCAUACAUGUAAAUACAAAAUUUUUGAAUAAAUACAUGAGAAAAUCUGCACAUUUUGUUAACGCUUACGAACGAAUACUUAUAAAUGAUAAAUAAAAAUGCUGUUAUAUAUAUAUAUAUAUAUAUAAGCACACUUUUGAACUUCUGAGCAUACUGAACAUGUUUACAGAUUUCUUCGGUGCCAUUAGUAAUGAAGAUAGCUUCUUUCAAACUAUGGGAACUACGGAGAUUCUAAAAGGUCGUGACAAGGCGCUAACAGUAUACGUAGCUUCGCAAAGAAAUUCGCAUCGAUGUUUGGAGUUAUCAACGUUACGUAGAUGAUUUUGCAUAUAAAAAAGUUGCGACCAUCUGCAGACAAUAAUCCUUAAUAUGAGUGGCCUUAAUAUGAACUCCGUUAAGGGUACUUACCUUCAGAGACGUCCUAGUUUUAACGUUAGCAAGGUCCGACUUAAUUGGUCUGGCUUUACGCCUAACUGCAGAAUUCAUCUAAUGAAAAAUGGCAUUUAGACACUAUCGAAGCUGGGAACACGAUUCAAUGCACGUACGAGCUAGUCUGGCACUGAGUGGAUUUACGUUUUCUUGUUACUCCUACCGAAUUAAUAAUAAAUAGCGUAUUAAGCUAUUAAACAGAUUGAAGGGUAAAAAUGCGUGAACCCCUUAUUGAACGGUGAAUGAAGCUACUUGGGUUCACUUCGUGUAAUAAAUGUUAAUAAUCCAA